ACAAUGCAAUCUCAUCUACUUUCUCUGUAUGCUAAAUUCCUCCUAGGAGUUGGACCUCGCAUUUGAGCUUAGGCAGUACGUAGCCCCUACCCGGGCUAGUCAGAAGGAAUCGUUGGUGAUUACGGACUUUUUCCGAAGAAUUUUGAAGAAAAUUCACUCAAAUCCUCCGAAUAUUCGAGAAUAUGCUGUUAGGUUACAAUAUAGCGGCAAGAAAGCAUCUAUCAAGGAUUUACCGGAACCGAUUGUAAAGUUUCUUGUUGAUUUUGCGAUGGAUGCCUCAGGUUUAAAGGGCGAUGAGUUGGUUAUAGGAGCAAAAGAAAAGUUAAUGGGCUCCAAAAAUAGAUUCUGGCUUAAUCUUGGAGUAAAUGAACAGGCGCGGGAACAGGAAUGGGAAAGACGAAUGCUCCUGCUGGCAACUUGGCCAAGUAAAAUACGGACCUCACUCUCUCAUGCACUGUAA